AUGGGGAUGUGGGUCCUGCUGCUCCUUCAGCGGGCAGGGGGCUGGGCGGGGCGAGCGGGGCUGGCAGCACCGACCCUUCCUCCCCGACGUCCAGUCUGCUCCGUGAACAAGACGUCCCUCACAGUCAAGGAGAACACGAACCCCGGGGAGCCCCUCCUGGACAUCUACGUCCCCGAGGGCCAGCAGGUGGCUCUUGGACCCUCGUCCACCCUUUUUGCGUUUCGGAUCCAGGGUAAUCAGCUGAUUCUCAACGUGACCCCGGACUAUGAGGCGAACGCAAUGCUGCUGGCUCACAUGGAGUGCAGGAGCGGGGAUGCAGUGGUGACUCAGCUGAAGGUGUUUGUGUCCGUGCUGGAUGUCAAUGACAACCCGCCCAGGUUCCCCUAUGAGACCAAGGUCUGGGAAGUGCCUGAGGACACUCGGGUGAACACCACCAUCAUCUCAGAGACAGAAUUGGAGGCCCAGGACCAGGACAAAGACGAUGUCCUUUUCUACACCCUCCAAGAGGUCACCCUGGGUGCCAGCAGCUUCUUCUCCCUGGUGGGUGUGAACCGACCAGCACUGCGGCUGGACCGGUCGCUGGACUUGGAGAGGUGGCCGAACAUGACCUUCCGGCUGCUGGCCCGGGACACACAGGAGAACUUGGAGCCCAGCCACACAGCCACAGCCACCUUGGUCCUGGAGGUGCAGCCCGUCGACCUGCGGCCCCCCUGGUUCCUGCCCUGCAGCUACUCAGAUGCUUUUGUCUGCAUCCAUGCCCAAUACCGUGGGGCUGUGCCCACCGGCCACAGACUGCCAGGCCCCCUCAUCCUGCAUCCUGGGCCCGUCUAUGCUGUGGACGGGGACCGGGGCAUCAACCAGCCCAUCAAGUACAGCAUCAUCAGUGGAAACGAGGACAGCACAUUCUCCAUCAGUGCCAACUCGGGCAACCUCACCAUGACCAAGAGCAUCCCCAACGCCAAGACCUUCCUUCUGGUGGUCAAGGGCGAGCAGGCUGAUAACGCCCGAUACUCCGUGACCCAGGUCACGGUGGAGGCCCGGAACGCCAACGGGAGUGUGCCCCACUUCACCCAGAGCCUGUAUCGUGGCACUGUGGGGCUUGGCUCCGGGGUGGGCGUGGUCAUCAAGGAUGCAGCUGACCCCUCCCAGCCGCUGAGGAUCCGGGCCCAGGACCCUGAAUUCCCAGACCUCAACUCAGCCAUCACGUAUCAAAUCACCAACAACUCCGACUUCCGAAUGGAAGGAGAAGCGGUCCUGACUGCUGCCUCACUGGAGUAUGCUGGGGUCUUCUAUGCCGAGGUUGAGGCCAAUAACACAGUGACUUCAGGCACAGCGGCCACGGUCGUGGAGAUUCAGGUCUCAGAACAGGAGCCCUCUCCCACAGGCACCACUCUGGGGCCACCGGCCUCCUCCAUGUCUGGGGGGCCCCCCAGUGGGGGAACCAGCUCCCCCCCCACCACAGCCUCACCCAGCGGGGGCUCAGCACAGACCUCGAAACCAGGAACCUCUCCACCGACGUACCCUGGGUCCAGCAGGAACACCUGGACCCCAGGGACAUCUGAAACAACCCGAACAGAAGGCAGGCCAGACGGAGGCCAGGCUGGGGACCGACGCUUCUCGGAGGCGGAGAUGGCGGUACUGGGCGGGGUGCUGGGCGCAGCGCUCCUCUUGGCUCUGAUCGCCCUCACAGUCCUCGUCUACAGGCACUACGGCCAACGACUCAUAUGCAGCUCUGGCCGAGUGCUGAAGCCGCAGCCUCAAGGCUUUGACAACCAGGCUUUCCUCAACGACUCCGACGACGCCAACUGGGCGCCGGCGCCUAGCCCUUCACCCAGCCACGCCCAGCCGGCGCCCCCGGAGCCUGAGCCCCCGGAGCCCGCGCCGCCCAGCCCUGAGACCCCGCGUCGGGUCCCAGAGGCCCCUGCGAUGGCCGCGGACGGGGGCAGCCCAGCGGCCGUGAGGUCCAUCCUGACCAAGGAGCGGCGGCCUGAGGGCGGCUACAAGGCCGUGUGGUUCGGAGAGGACAUCGGCGCGGAAGCUGACGUGGUGGUUCUCAACACGCCCGCCUCGGAAGCCGGCGGCGCUGGCGACUCUGGCAGCGAGGGCAGCGGCGACGAGGCUGCGGAAGCCCAAAACGCGCCUGGUACCGACUCCAUUCACUUCUAACGCUGCCUCCCCCGAGUCUGGACCCCGAGAGUCGGCUUGGUGCCUGUCCCCACACUCCACCGCGCAGAAUAAAAGAACAUUUUUGGCUCUG